UCAUCUCUUUCAUCUCUCUGACACCUCCCCUCUUCCAAUUCACAUUUCUCCGACUAUCAAUAUCUUGUCCCUGACUAUCUUAUUCAUCAACCUACUCAGUUGGAUGGAUUUUUCAUCCGACCCCUCGACUAUCUCCGUUCUCCCUGUCUACUCCACCUCCCCGAAACUCCCCACAUGUCGUCCACGCACGGAGGCCCUCAACCCCCCGCCAGAUCCUCCACCCCAGGGGCGCGUUCGAAAUCGAAAGACUCCCAAUCCCAACAAUCGACCGCGUCGUACUUCUCAUAUCCAGUCUCCCACGUGAUGUCAGGCCUUUACCGUCGUCUGACGGACCCUCCCUCCAAGUCCAACAGCACGAACCGCCGCAACCAAGAUUCCUCCUCCUCCGUUACCAACUCCUCGGGCUCCUCGCAGGUCUUCACCCCGGUGCGAACCGUGUCGCCCUUCCAGCCGCCGCCUCUGACGCCCCUCACCCUCAAGGGCGGGAACUCCAGCGUCCUCCAGCAGCAGCUCCUGACCCCCGCCCUGGCGGAGGAGAUCCGUCUGCUGGUACCGGCCCGCCUACAACUCUCUGACACUUGGCGACUGGCUUACAGUCUGGACCGGGACGGCGCCUCGCUGUCCACACUGUACGAUAAAUGUAGCGAUAUCUCCGAUCGCAGCCCGCGGGCGGGCUAUGUGCUCGUAGUGCGCGACAGCUCGCCCACGAGCGCCAUCUUCGGCGCAUAUAUGACCGAUCCCCCGCACCCCGACUCGCACUACUUCGGCACGGGCGAGUGCUUCCUUUGGCGCGCGAGUGUCCUGUCCCCUCCGGACCUCACCCUCCUCCAAGACACCAGCAAAUCGCCAGCCUUGCAGCCUUCCGAAGAUCUGUUGGACCUGUCGGAUCUCCCGCCGCCUCCUAGCGCGGACACCACCAAUGCGGGCCGCACGACGACCCUACGCGGCGACAAGAAGGACGAAGCGUCCGGGGACGCUCUUCUGUCUCCGCCGCACGACGGUGGCCGCUCCGCGAGUGGAACCAGCACACCUGAUCGCCUUCGGUUCAAGGCGUUCCCCUACAGUGGCGUGAACGAUUACAUGAUGUUCUGUGAGACGGGGUUCCUCAGUCUGGGCGGAGGGGACGGCCGCUACGGUCUCUGGCUCGACUCGAGCCUCGAAAAGGGCGUCAGUGACGCAUGCCAAACGUUCGGCAAUGAGCCCCUCUCCGACGAAGGCACCAAGUUCGAUCUCCUCGGAGUCGAGGUUUGGUACGUCGGGGCAUGAAAACGCGACUGUCAACCACCCCAACCGGUAGAAAAAACAUCGCCAGCGUGCAAUCAUCACGUAUUGGUGUCACAAAAGUUCACUAUGUGUUUUGAUUAACCGUACUGGGCACAUCUUCAUUUGUUCCUUUCCUGUCGUACCUCAGUAUGUAUUCACAGCUAAUACCCAUGACCGAGCGUGAGCGGCUGGCUCCGACGUGCGGUGCAUCGUUUGGAUUCCGUUAUGAAAUAAACUAUGUGAAUGAAUUGUCAUCUUGAUGUGGG